AUGUCAGCUACGCUGGAUAGUUCUGAAAUGCCCCAAGUCGCGAAAAAUAACGCCGGCACUCCAUCGAAUAAUAUUGUAAACAAAACAUUCAGUGAUAAAAAGAAAGAUAAUGACAAUAAUAGCCGUCUGAACAAUAUUAUAAAAGUGAAAAGUGUUAUACCACGAAAGAGACAAGACUUGCUGAAAUGGUACGGAUGGGGCUACAAGGACUCUAUGUUCAAACUGCAGGGCGAUAUGGCAUACUUCACUGGCAAUAGAUAUUCGAUUGGCGAAAAGCCAUUGCCACAUCUACAGAAAUGGGCGGUAGACUACUUCAAUAUAGACACGAAUAAGCCUCCGAAGAUACCCAAGCUCCCCACGUCAUAUCCUGAGAGCCGCCUUCCCGGGAACGUUAAGCAGGAGUUGGAGAAGAUCGCCCCAGUGAGCGUGGACGGGCUGGACAGACUGAUCAGGGCACACGGUCAGACCCUCAAGGACAUCUCUUAUGUGCGAACAAAUAAAUUCCCGAGGAUACCUGAUGCUGUCAUCUGGCCUAAUUCACAUGAGCAGGUGGUACAAAUAGUUGAGAGCGCAUCUCGUCACCGCUUCGUGAUCAUCCCCUUCGGUGGAGGGACAUCGGUGUCCGGCGCAGUAACCUGUCCGGCCAAGGAGCGGCGACCCAUCCUAGUACUGGACACCAGCGAAAUGAACUCCAUAUUAUGGCUGGAUAAGGAACAGUUACUCGCUAGAAUACAGGCAGGAAUAGUGGGUCAAGACCUGGAGCGUGAAAUGCGCUCGCGGGGCUUCACGGUGGGACACGAGCCUGACUCAUACGAGUUCUCGACUCUGGGCGGGUGGGUGGCUACCAGGGCUAGCGGCAUGAAGAAGAACACCUACGGGAAUAUCGAGGAUCUUGUCGUACACACCAAGGUGGUGACCGGUCGAGGCGUUAUAGAGCGCGGUUGCCUGGUGCCGCGUAUCUCGUGCGGGCCCGACUGGGAGCACACCAUCAUGGGUUCCGAGGGAUGUCUGGGAGUAGUCACUGAGGUGACGAUAAAGAUCCGUCCGUUGCCGGCGGUGACCCGGUACGGGUCGCUCGUGUUCCCGGACUGGGAGAGCGGGUUCUACUUCGAGAGGGAGGUGGCCCGGAGGCGCCUGCAGCCCUCCAGCAUACGGCUCAUGGACAACGAACAGUUCCGCUUCGGGCAAGCGUUGAAAACGGAGUCGUCAUGGGGCGGGGUCCUGCUGGAGGGCCUGAAGCGGAUGUACAUAACACGCAUCAAGGGGUUCGACCCCGCGCAGCUGUGCGUGGUGACGCUGCUGCUGGAGGGGGACAGCGAGCAGGUGUGCGAGCGAGAGAGGCGCCUGCACGAGGUGGCCGCGCAGUGGGGGGGCGUGCCCGCCGGCGCGGACAACGGGGAGAGGGGGUACACGCUCACGUUCGUCAUCGCGUACCUGAGGGACGUGGCGAUGGAGUACGACGUGGUGGCGGAGUCGUUCGAGACGUCGGUGCCGUGGGGCCGCGCGCUCGCGCUCUGCGACCGCGUCAAGCGCCGCGUGCGCGACGAGUGCCGGCAACACGGCAUCGUACACUAUCUCAUCUCGUGCCGGCUCACGCAGACUUAUGAUGCCGGCUGUUGUAUUUACUUCUACUUUGCUCACAACACGGCUCAGUGCAGUGAUCCCGUCGCCACGUACGAAGCAAUAGAAGAGGCGGCAAGGGAUGAAAUAAUCGCUUCCGGCGGUUCUAUAUCACAUCAUCAUGGUAUAGGGAAACUACGUAAAAAAUGGUACACCGACACCGUUAGUGAACCAGGUCGCCUUUUAUUGCUAGCAGCCAAAAAAGCCUUGGAUCCCGAUAAUAUAUUUGCACUAGGUAACAUGGCCUUUGAAGAGGGUGAUAUUAAAGAUAGUGUAUCAGUGAAAAGUAAAUUAUAA